UUGCCACUCGCCGAGACAGGCCGCCAUCGCCGUCACAACCCCCGCUAUAUCAACCCCCCAUGAUGAUGCAUGACAACACAGACCGGAAGAGGAAGCGAGGAGCGCUGGAAGACAUCAGUAACACACACAAGUCGUCGAAUGUGGUGCCGUCGACGCGCAUGACCACCCGGCUGAACCUGAAAGCGGCAGCCGCCCAACAGUUGACGCAGUCACAAACGUCCGUGUCCGAAACUCAAUCGACAUCGCCGAGUCAAGAGGACGUUGAUGCACCUGUCGUGAUCUCGGCGAAGAAGCGAAAAGCGAGCCAGGACGUCGUUCUCACCACCGCUACCUCAGGCACAGGACUUGUUCAUCGGAGAUCAUCAUUAUCCGCAAGACGGGUGUCGCUGGAGUCUCAGACACAGGAACAGCGAGAGCGACAGCGGAUGUUCGAUGUUCGCAUGAGUUCGUUGAGCUCGGAAUUCGAUUUGGAUGUGUAUGUCGAUCAAGUCCGUAUGAUCGACUCCAAGGAGAACGACGCGAUAGCCCGCGAAGUAGACAUGUUUCACCGUAGCCACGAACACAAGUACCGCGUCCAAUCAGAUUACCUAACCGAAGUCAAAGAUGGGGUCAAGAGCGAUAUCAAUUGCCGCAUGCGGGGCAUCCUCGUGGACUGGCUGGUGGAGGUCGGCGAAGAGUACAAGCUCGUGCCGCACACGUUGCACUUGGCGAUUCAUCUUGUCGACCGAUGUUUGUCCACGAUGAGAUUGGCCCGCGGGAAGCUGCAGCUCCUCGGAUGCGCGUGCAUGAUUCUCGCAUGCAAGUACGAAGAAGUCGUCGCACCCAGCAUCGAAGACUUUGUGUACAUCAGCGACCACACGUACACCAACGACGAAAUGCUGGCGAUGGAAACCACCGUGCUGGAAGCGUUAGAGUACAAGCUCAGCGGAACCAACGUCUACCACUUCCUCGAGCGGUUUAUCCUGGCCGGAUGUACGACAGAAGUCCAACAACACUUCGCACAUUACUUGACUGAACUUGCUGUCGUCGACUAUUCCAUCACGAUAUCGUACCCACCGUCCAUUUUGGCAGCGGCAGUCGUGUACAUGACUCGCCUCGUGACCGACGAAAAAUGUCCAUGGGUAUAUUGUUGUCAUCUCCAUACACUCGUUGCUCUAACAACCAGUGGUUAGACGCCAACGUUGCACUAUUACACGAAGUACAACGCCGUGCAAGUCGUGGAUUGCGUGGCGCAUCUGUACAAGAUCCACGACGCCGAGUACCAAGUGUCGCUGACCGACCCAGAGAAAACACGAGCUGUCACGGACAAGUACUCGACGCGAUCGCAUGUGCGCGUGGGCAAGUUGGCGCCCGUGGCCCCACCUUCGUCCAUGUCGUCGUAACCGUGGAUCAUCAUCCCCAGGUCGUUGUUCGUCACGCCGGCGGCCUUGGAGUGUCGGCGCCAUAGUCACGGAAAGCCAAGCGGUCGGAUAUUUUAAUGCUUUCAACUCUGGUUGAACCCUCGAUAUCUGAUAUAUGCAGUCUGUGUCCCCCGCUCAAAAACUGCAAGACUUUAUAUGUUG